AAAAAAAGAGAGGUAUAAAAGAGGCGUGGGUGGGAGAAAAAUGAGAAGGUAAGCGAGAUAGCUGGAAGACUGAGGGCAGAGGCAUCUUCCUCGAAGCUAGUUCAAACUAGUGGGAGGUUGUGUGCUGAAAGUGAAGAUCAACGCACACAAAAAAGACUUUUUCUUUUGUUUGUUUGUUUUUUUAAUUUUCUGAGUGAUCGAUAUAUAUCAUCAUCAUCAGAAAAUGGUUCGUGGAAAGGUUCAGAUGAAGAGGAUUGAGAACCCGGUGCACAGGCAAGUGACCUUUUGCAAGCGCCGAGCAGGGCUUCUGAAGAAGGCUAAGGAGCUUUCUGUGCUUUGCGAUGCUGAAAUUGGCCUCCUCAUUUUCUCCGCCCACGGGAAGCUCUACGAAUUAGCCACCAAAGGAACCAUGCAAGGGCUGUUGGAGAGGUACAUGAAGUUCACUCGUGGGGCUCAGCUCGAACCUGAACCGGCCAUCAAUGAAUCACAUCCUCAGGAUGCGAAAGAGGAGAUCGAUGUGCUGAAACAAGAAAUUGGAACCCUGCAAAAGGGUCUCAGUAGUUACUUGUUUGGAGGGGGAAUCGGAACAAUGACGGUGGAGGAAUUACAAGUGUUGGAGAAGUACCUCGAAAUGUGGAUUUAUCAGAUUCGUUCAAUGAAGAUGAAUAACAUGUUACGUGAAAUUCAGACAUUGAGGGACAAGGAGGGAAUACUCAAAGCUGCAAAUAAGUAUCUCCAGGAUAAGAUUGCGGAGAAUGCUGGAAUUACUAACUUCGGACCGUUGGCUCUUGAUACUUACCCUUUGAUGAUACAAGAUGAAAUAUUUCAGUUUUAGGAAAUGACUUCAUUUUGUAACAUUGAUAUAAGUUCUAGUUAGUAAUCAAAAUAAGGGUUAUGUGGUGUGUUGUUCGCAUAACAGCAUACUUCAACUACUGUAGCAUGAAUAACGUACCUGUCAAGUGUUGCCGCUUCAUGAUCUCACAUGUUGCUUAACAUUCAAUGUCGUGCUUUAUAUGUAUUAGUAUUGCUGUACUUUUCUAAUUAACAAUUAGUAAAAGGGAAGCAAGAGAUUAUUGCCUU